GCUCACGUGGAGUUCUGACGUCUGUCGUCAAUCUGAGAUGCUGGCGUGGCAGUCGUCCACGUGUACCGGUAGAUCAGAUUGCCACUUCUGUUGCUGACGUGGCAACACGGAUGUGGAUGUCAUCGGUUGCUGACGUGGAUUUCAUAGGUUGCGUUGCCUGACGUGGAUGUCGUCGGUUGCUGAUGUGGCCAAAGCCAAGAAGUUGCCACGUGGAUGUCGUCAGUUGCUGACGUGGCCGAAGCCAAGAAGUUUCCACGUGGUUGCCAAAGCCAAGAAGUUGCCACGUGGAUGUCAUUGGUUGCUGACUAGGAGUGCCGACGUGGCCGAAGCCAAGAAGUCAGAGCCACGUGGAUGUUAUCACUUGCUGACGUGGCCCAAGCUAAGAAGUCGCCACGCGGAUGUCAUCGGCCGUGGCAAUGCUGACCUGGCCACAGCUAAGAAGUUGCCACGUGGAUGUCAUGGGUUGCUGACGUGGAUGUUAACCUUUGCGUUGCCUGACAUGGAUCUCAUCGCAGGGGGCGCAAUUGGGAGGGAGGAGGCGGGUGGAGCAGCAGCGGACGAUCCCGCAUGGGGACGAGCAAAAAAGGUGCUCUUUUGCUCACAGUCGAUGAUGGGAGGAGGUGUCGGUGCCGAUGGCACUGUGUUUGGGAGAGUAGGUGAGAGCCUGGAAAACCCAACAGAUGCGGGGAGGGCGGGGAUCUUCGGCGUCUCUGGCGCUCCUGCGCUCAAAGAUCCUUCGCCUCUUGGAAGGCGGCCCGCAGGGGAACAUGCCGUGCAGCCGUGGGAUCCCGACCGAGGUCAGGCGACAAGGCCUGCCCCUUCCUGGCUGACGAGGAUCGACUCGCCCAUGCCGCCGCCGAAGCAGCUUAGGCUCUCUGAUGACGGAUCUGAUCGUCGGGUGGUCUGUGGUGUUGACAGCUGUCAAACGUCCAUGUCGCUGGCAACGAGGAGGGAGACCCAGCCGGGUGCCGGCUAUGGUCGUGGUAUUGAUUAUCAGCCGAUCAAAGGAGGAUCAGGAGGAGGAGGAGGAGGAGGAGGAGGGUCAGGGAUAGCGUCAACCUGUGCUAAUGGCAGUGGAAGUGGUCCCGAGACGGUGGCACAGAGAAACAGCGUGGGGAUCGAGUCGCCCAUGCCGCCGCCGAAGCAGCGUAGGCUCUCUGAUGACGGAUCGGAUUGUCGGGUCGUCUGUGGAGUUGACAGCUGUCAAACAUCCAUGUCCGCGGCAACGAGAAGGGAGAACCCAGCGGAUGCUGGCUAUGGUCAUGGUACUGAUUGUCGGCCGAUGAGAAGAGGAGGAGGAGGAGGAGGGAGAGGAGGAGGCGGAGGAGGAGGAGGAGGAAGAGGAGGAGGCAGAGGGACAGGGACAGCGUCAAUCUCGGGUGCUACUGGCAGUCGUCCCGAGGCGGUGGCGCAGGGAAACAGCCCCUCCUCCACGCAUGUACCUCAUAGAAUUCAGAGAGAGAGUAAGUGCUGGGAAGGAAACCAGCGCUGUUCGGAAGCAAAAGCCAAGGUGGACCCCUCUUCAUGGACAGUUCCCAUUUGCAGAGGCAGACCAUUGACGUCAACAUCAACUUCCCCCCUCACUUUCAACUUCGAUCUGGCGGAUAUGGAGGACGAAGGACUAUUGCGCGAGAUAGACGAGCUGUGCCUUAAGCGGUUGAAGGGGAAUCUGGGAGGAGGAGAGAGAGAGGGAAUAGAAGUUGGGGGAGCUGAAGGACGGCAGCAGCAGGGGGGUAACAAGCCCGCGACGGUGGCGAGGAUGACGGACGAAGGGCUGUCAAAUCUGGUGAAGGGGAUCGGUCAAUCGAACGGACGAGAUGCGAUGAUGACAUUUGGUCAGACGAUCGGCCACGAUCUUCAAGGAGCUGAAACUUGUGCCAUGGCCGGCAAUGCUGAAACUUGUGCCAUGGCCGGCAAUGCAAUGACUACUGGUAGUCACCCUACAAUAUCAGAAGAGGUCCAGGUUCCCCCUUCUAUGCCGUCAGCCUUCUUGAGGAGACGUUCGGGAGAAGAGAACGUUCCCUCCUCCUCCUCGCUCCGUGGCUCUGAAGCAGUGGCGGUGAUUAGCGAUGCGGCUACCCCCAUGCCUCGUCCGCUGUUGAAAUUGGCUAAUCGAAGUGCAGUUGUUAAUGACGAGGAUAACGUGGGUCGUUUUGCCACUCGUUCUGACGCCUGUGUUCCCACCUCUGUCGGUGAUGUCCCCCAGUUCCUUCUUGGUUCAAGACGUAGUGCGUCCAGGGUCGUAGAACUAUCUUCCGAAGAGCCUGGAUGUCGCCUUGCACCGCUUUUGGAUGCUGCUGUUCCUAGCUCUGUUCCACAUGUUCCUGGUUUUGUUCCUGGUUUUGUUCCUGGUUUUGUUCCUGAUGCAAGCAAUGGUCAUCCUGUUAGGCCGGGAAUGGACAAUGGAGAUGCAAGUAUGUUGCAUGCCAGAGGAAAUGGGAGACCGGUCGUAGACCAUCGUGAAGGACCUGAUUUGGGUCAAACUGCUGCCAGGUCCGUUCCUGGGACAGGCGCCAGUUCUGUUCCUGGUACAGGCACCGGGGUUGUUCCAGGUACAGGCACCGGAGUUGUUCCCGGUCCAAGCACCUGGGUUGUUCCUGGUGCAGUUGCCAGGUUCAUUCCUGGGACAGCUGCGGUUGCACCCGAGAAAAUGGGCGGCGGUCCUGGCCGCUCAGAUUCUGGUGUGUCAUCUGGACAAUCUGAGAGACAGGUCGUUGAUGCUUCUGGGAAAGUGCAGAUUGCAGUCGCCCCCAGCCCGGUCUCUGUGGAUCCGUCUCGUAAUUGCAAGCGAAGUUUCAACGAGGGCAGGAGCGUCCAGAUUCAUCACCACGCGGAGGGGCAGAAUAAUGACAAUCUGAACUCCCAUUCGAGCACGGGUGAUGCCAAUCUGAACUCCUGUCCGAGCACAGGUGAUGCAUCCGAAAGACAAAUUAAGGAAAGAAGGGGGGGAAGUGGAGCAGGCGGUAGUGAUAGGAGAAGGCCUCUGUUCCCUGAGACGGAGGAGGGAUCGUCGUGUGUCUCUCCGGAGGAAAAGAGGGCAAAGCUGCAGAAGCAGCUCAAUGUGGAGGGGACAACGACCUGCAGCUCUGCUGGAAGAAGAGAGGUCAUGGGGGAGAAACGGAGAUAUUCUGAACCGGAGCAUGCCUUUGUUCCAACUCAUGGUUUGUCUUCCCCUUGCUCGGGAGGUAGUAAAGCCGUUUUCUUGCAACAAUUGGAGAGUGCGGCUCAGGUUUCCACACUCACGCCAGACAUCAGCAAUGCCUGUGUCUCAGCCAGCUUCUCUGGGAAAGGGAGGAACAGUCCAGCGAGAAUGGGCACAACAGAUGGUCAUCAGACGGGUAUCAAUCAGCAGCGAGGAAGCUCUCGGCUCCUUGGAACUGGCACUGGAAAUGCUGCUGAAGUAUCUGCGAAAGAUAAAAGCAGUCCAAUGGGAAAGGGAACCAAUGGCCUCGAUGAUGUAAUGGGUCCACCUCUACCAGCUCCCUCUCCUCGCGGUGUGGUGCCCAAAAUGGGCGUUAUGAACAAGUCUGGCGAAGUGCUCUCUUCUCUCAUUCGCAGCAGCACUUCAGAAUCCCGAAUGGGAGGAACUUGCGCUGCUGCCUCUGAUUCUGCUGCUGCAACGACUGAGUUGGUUGGUCGGCACUCAGCUGACGUGGGGUCGGACGUAGCUCGCUCCACUCUCCUACGACCAUUAUCACCACAACCGCUGCCAUCACCACCAUUCGUUCCCUUACCCUCAGAGUUCUCCGCCCAGCCGUCCAGACCUGACACACCGUCAGGAAACUGCUCCUCUCCUGUUCAACUUCACGCUCCUCGUUGGCCACUUGGCAAUCGACAUGGAUUUUGCAGCUCAGCUGUCAGCCCUUCUGUCUCCCGAUCGCAGUUGUCAAGCUCCAGUUGGUCUCCGACUGGCCCCUCCUCCCCACCAUUCAGCCGUCGUCAAUCUGAUAUCCCUCAGCAGGGCCACACGGGUUUCGAUUCAGGUCCAGUUGCUGCUCCUGCUUCCGUUUCAGUUCCUGGUUCCGUUUCUGUUCCUUCUCCGUCCACUUGUCGGACACUUUCUCCGGCCACUUGUCGUACACCGGGUUCAAAUCCACGGCCUGCUGCCAAGAAUGGUGUUGGCAAAUGCUCUGUUGGGGCAGGGGAGGAAAGUAUGACAGAAGACUACUUGCUGCGUCUGAAUAACUCCCAGAGACGGGCUGUCCUCAGCGAUAUUGACAAACCGCUUCUCGUGCUUGCUGGACCAGGCAGUGGGAAGACUUCAACUAUGGUCAGCCGGCUCCUGCACUGCUUGAAAAAGGGAGUGGAGCCCACAAACAUAUUGGCAAUGACAUUCACAACAGCGGCAGCAAGAGAAAUGAGAGAACGGAUAGCAAAAGUCGUUGGAAAAGAUGUUGCAAAGAAGCUGACUAUCUCAACGUUUCACUCCUUUUGCCUCAGCCUUUGUCGUGAGCAUGCCGGCAAACUUGGGAGGACUCCGACAUUCUUGGUUUAUGGGCAUAGUCAGCAGAGGCGUGCAGUUAUUGAAGCGACGAAGAUGAUGCUUGCAAGCCGACGCGGAAUUGCUGAUUCGAUUGGUAGGGCUUUGAAUCGCAUGUUUGACUGAGUGCUCUUUCAAAGAAAUUGAACAAUUUGAUGAUCCCUACGAUGAGAGGCAAAGUAUACGUA